UCUUUGAUAUUUAUCAUAUGAGAUUUAAACAGGUAAAGAAGGAUUUAGAUUUUAACCAAAAAAAUAUUAACCUUCAGAAAGUAUAGGCAUGAUUAUAAAAUCAUGAAUUAGUUUAAAAAUUGGCUUUUCAAUGUAAUUCAGCAUGUCCGCAGCAGUUAUUAAUCUGAGUGAUUUGGUCGAUUUAGCUGUUGGAUCCAAAAAUCAAGAUGAAAUUAAUUUUAAAGUACUACAAACAGCUCUUCAAGCUAUAAUUCAACACUUAAAUAUUCAAGAUACGAAAAUUGAGUUUCGAGGUGCGGACUCAAGCAACAUUCAGAACAUAUUAAAAUCUGUUCGUGAUGAAAACUUAACAAAAAUACCAGUUAACAUUGUUCCUGAAGUAGCUGAGAGUCAAAAGGAUGCACCACUUGAUGAUCAAAGUGUCUUAACAACAGAUAGUUCCGGAAGGAAAAAAAAGCACACAGAAUCUGUUGAGGAUGUUGUGGUAGUUGAGUCUGGUAAAGUGCAAGAGCCUUCGAAGAAACGCCUAAUCACCCCCUCAUUUUUAGCUCGUUUGGAAGCUAAGGUGAAAGCACUUCAAGGACAGAUAGAAGCUUUAGGAGCACAAGUUUUACCAAGUGAUGACGCCCUUUUGCAAACAACAAGAUCUCAGCAAGAAGCAAAACCAAUAUCAGAUUUAUGGCAGAGUUUGAAUAUUACAAAACGAAUGUCUGGAGCUGAGGAAGGGAUAGACAAGCUUGCAUCACUAUUGGAAACUGUUGCUAAAGAGUAUGCAGAUCUGAAAAUUGUGAUUGAUAGAUUAGAAGAUGAACUAGGCCAGGAUAUGGUGGAAACAAUGAAGCAAAUUAAAUUGGCUGCAAAUUAUGCAAAGCAAAUUAGACCAAGAGAAGAAAUAUAUCAGAGCAAACUUAGUAAAAAGCCACCAAAACAAGAGCCGAAACCCCUGUUUAGAAUGCAGUUAUUAGAUAAGGAAAAAGAAACAGCAGAUACACAAACUAAGACUCUUGGGCAAGAGUCAUCGUACACUGCAACCAAUGAGCAGAUGUCAAACAGAAGCAAACAAACUGAUGAUCAGUCUGUGCUGACAGUUAAUCCACCUGAAUUUAAAGAAACCGUGGAUGCGAGUGCAGGACCCAACAAAUUAGACCCCAUAAACGCAGAACUUACUGAGCAACCUAGUGAGAUGCCUAAAGUAUCACCUCCAAGAGAUUCAAUAAGGAGUUCUAUAAAAGAUUCAUUGAAAGAAUCUUUCAAAAAAGCAUCACUGGAAUCACAGACUCUUUUUGACGUUAUUCCUCCCAUUCCGAGAGGUGAACCAGUCGAGAGAGAAAAAGUAAAUAUCUUGUUAGCCCAACAUGAAUACAUGAAGCAAAAUGUGGAAUAUCUUACAGCCCAGGUUAAUGCACUCGCAGAUUUUACUGAAACCCAACUUCCUGAUUUAAUUCGUUCAACUAAGAAAAGUAAACAUAGGAAAGAAGAUGGGAGCAGUGGUGCUAAGUAUGUAAGGGAUCAAGCAGUUGAUCAAAAGAUACAUGAUUUAGAAGGGAGACUAGCUAAACAUUCAUCAAAGUUAAAACGACAAGAUGUUAUGAUAACUGAAAAAACAAUGGACUAUGAUAAACGGUUAAGCAGCAUUUCGCAAACUGUCUCUUCUAUGUUUGAUACCAUAAACUCAAGUCAAAAUGAUGAUACACAGAAUAGUAAUAUAAUUGAGGAUUUAAUAUCCAAAGUUCAAAACAUUGAAGAUGCAGUUGUUGAAGUUGGAUGUACGACUCAAGAUUUACAGGAAGACAAAGAUCAAAAAACAGCCUUAUUACAAAAAAUUGCUAACGACUUGGAGUUAGUGAAAACAGGCAAAGCUGAUCGUUAUGAAAUUGAAGAUAUAUUGGCCGAAAAAGCUGACUGUUAUGCUGUCCUCGAAAAAGUCUCGCAGAGUGUUUUCGAUAUAGCAUGCAAUGAUUUGGCCAAGGGGAUAGAUGAAGCUUUGAACAGGGUCUCAGCCCAGGAGAGUCUAUUAGCUGCUACAAUGCUUGAGAUGCAAAAUGCAAUGGACAACAAGAUUGACAGGGGUGAACUUGAUCCACUUAAAGAUGAAAUAUCAGAGAGGAUAGAACAAAUCAACAAGAAAGUGGAAAAACUCUCUGCAAUGAAAGAAGGCAGGGUAGCUGCUGGGGCUAAAAAGAAAUACAUGACAAAUGUUAAUUGUAUUUCUUGCGAUCGUAAUGUAUCAAUGAAAAUUGAAAAUGAUGUACCUUGCAUACCUGCCAUGGCAGAUCUACCAGCUAUGCACAGCAUUGCUCCUUAUAUUUCUUAUGAAUUGGAUCAUUUGAGAAAAUUAAAAGCAAAGCAACCAGGCCCGGGCACGCUACUCGAAUUUAACGACUUGGCAAGAAGAUAUAAUAUUAGAAAUUUGGACAGCUAUGAAAACCUUGUUGAUGUUCCUCAUUUACAAACUCGAUAUUGUGGAGGAAGUCAUACUAAACUUGGCCCGCAGCAGCGAGUGACUCAUGUCGGACAUUUCAAUAUCGUAAAAGGAGUAGAUAAAUAAAUAACUGAAACACAA